AACGCAGCGAAUUCAGUGAAGCCGGAUGCUGUGUCACAAAAUCGCUUCAACUCGUUUGGAGCGAACGUUCAUCCCGUCUCUCGUCGGCUUUGUGUUUUUUGGCAGAGUUGAUUAAUAAAAAACAAGUUACCGAAGAUGGUGCAACUUGGCGUGAGUGCAGAGGGCCAGAAGCCAGAUCCGGUGAAGAAGCCGCCGGAGAGCUGUGAGGUUCCCAUCCCGCCCAAGACUCAGCCUCCAGUGGCUGUCCGCAAGGGUCGCUGCUCUAAGAAGGUGGUCUGCGUGUCUGUGAUCACCGUCCUUAUCCUGCUUGCUGUCGGCGCCACUCUCCUGGGCGUCUUCCUCAGCCGCCACCACAAAUCCUGGAAGGACUGCUUCGGUUGGGGAGACUGGGAUAACGGUGACGGAUCUCACGGCGACUGGUCCCACGGUGGUGGAUCCCACGGACAUGGUGGUGGUCAUCAUGGCGGUCAUGGUGGACACGGUGACGGCGAUGGUCCCGGUGGUCAUGGCGGUGAAGACGACGACGGUGGACGUGGGUACCCAGGGAACGAGGGUGACCACUUUCCGGACGGGCGUCCGUAAGGACCGAGCAAGCGAGCAGGCAGCCAAUAACAACUCAAGCUGGUCCUGCCAUGGCAUCAGUUGAAAAUUGGCGUUUAAAUAAUGCAUGAUGUAAUGCAAAAACAUGCAAAAUUACCAUUGAUUAGCGACUUCACUUUCCCUAGAAAUUUUGAUAUUUUCUUAAUAAAGUAUCCACUUACCCAGCUUAAAACCAUUCCACAAACCACAUGGUUACCUCCCGCUGAAUGAGUAUUGUUAACAACAAAUUGCGUUGGAUACCAGGAAGUUUGGCUUAGGUGCAGCAAAUACUAAGAUGGCAGCCGUGUGCACAAAUGGCGAGAUAUGAAUAUCAUUUGUUAAUUUUUGGGUGGUUUUUUUGUUAAUUUUGUUAGUGACUGAGAGAA